UUGGGCGGGGUCUGCAAAACAACAGCGGCAGAUUCGAAGCGAGCAAACAUGGCGGCGGGUCGGGAUGUCGACGAAAACACACAAAAUAGAAGAAGCACACAGGUCUCCGUGGUGGUCCAUCAGGAUGAUUCCCAAGGAGGGUCCAACACCGUCCGUCAGCCCGUCAUCUUCAACCCAGACUUCUUUGUGGAAAAACUCCGCCAUGAGAACGCUGACGUUUUCCUGGAGCUGGUGUUGAGUAACAUCACUCGCCUCAUCGACCUUCCUGGAACCGAAUUCUCGCAGCUCAUCGGGGAGGAGGGCUCCAAGACUCCCACGGCUGGGAAUGGGGGCUUCUUCCGUUCCUUGAACUUCCUCAAACGCAAAGAUAAAGCCGCCAUGUUUGGUACAACCCUGUCAGACAGCUCCCUCGCUCAGAUGUACCAGCUCAUCGAAUACCUCAGUAAAAACCUGCACAUAGAGGGUCUGUUUCGAGUCCCAGGGAACAGUGUUCGGCAGCAGGCCCUGAAGGAGCUCCUCAACAGCGGCGCUGACGUGGACCUGAAGUCCGGAGACUUCCAUCCCAACGACGCGGCGACGCUGCUCAAGGCGUUCCUGGGGGAGCUGCCUGAACCCUUGCUCACGCACAGACACUUCCAUGCGCAUCUGAAGAUAGCUGACAUGACUUUGUUUGACGAGCAGGGCAACAAGACGUCUGCACCAAACAAGGAGCGUCAGAUUGAAGCCCUGCAGCUUCUCUUCCUGCUCCUGCCCACCGCCAACCGCUCGCUGCUCAAGCUGCUGCUGGACCUCCUUUACCACACGGCCAAGCAGCAGGACAAAAACAAGAUGUCCGCCUUCAAUCUGGCGCUUAUGUUCGCCCCGCAUGUGCUGUGGCCACGACACAUGACGGCCCAAGACCUGAAAGACAAGCUGAAGACGCUCAACAACAGCAUGGCUUUCCUCAUCAGACAUUCCCAGAAGCUUUUCCGGGCUCCGGUUUACCUGCGGGAAUAUUCCAGAGCACACUUCAUGAAGAGCACAGCCCUGAGGAGUAAGGAUGAUUUGGACCUGCUAGCGGUGAGCAACUCACCCACCCGGCGGGCGGCGUUGCCGCUCAAGAGGGCUGGGGUCCCGAUCCCAUCCGCCCCAGAGCAGUUCCAGUCUCCUUCUCAGCAGUACACGGAGGAGGCGCUGAAGGAGCUCUUUCAACACGUGCACCACAACAUGCCGGACUCGGCCAAAAAGAAGAAACUGAUCCGACAGUUGGUCAAACAGACCGCCGUGACCACACCCAACAAGGAGCACAGCCUCCCCCCUCCCAGCAAGAAGCACCCGCGGUCUCGCUCGUUUGGAGGACUCAUCAAGCGUAAAGCUCGUGCGGAUCAGCUGACAACAGAGCAGCGAGUGAGGCACGUGUCACCCGACGCCGUUGCCAGGGCAGCCCGAAAACACGGCAAGGAGAACAUCGUCCUGCCGGAGGUGAAAAGUCCGCUAAAUGGCGCCAUGCGAGGGAGGGCGGGGCUUGUGCUGAAGAACCCUGACUUCCACUUUCAUCGGGACAAAGCUGUGAAGCUGUCAAAGCAGGACACGCCCUCCAUCGCCAGGAUUUGCUUCUCGCCGCCUCACGAAGUCUCGCUGUAGAUCCUUGUCUUGCGGUUUUUCUGCGUCCUACCACGUAACAGUUUUAAUAUAACGUUACACCUGCCUGCCACUUAAUUAGGUACCUAUCAGCUAGGAUCCAGCUUUUAAAAAAAUAAUGUUGACGUUUGAGCUGUUUCUAAUAUUUCUCCACCUUAUAAAAAAUGACGGUACUUUGGGAUAUAUUGAAGCCCGUAAUUAAUUUAUUUCAGCAAAUAGGAAAAUUGGUCCUGUUUUUUUUAAGCAAAUGGGAACAAUAACAAUUAGAUGUCUUUUUAUUUUUAACAUGAAUACCAUCUUCCAUAAUGUGAAAUAUUUUUAUUUUAGUUGCACAGGCAGCCAUAACACACUAAUACACACUGUAGAUGCCUCACAUUAUGUCUAAUGGCCAGUAGGAGGCGGCCACUCGGUUGCCAUGACAACAAAAUUGCGGGUCAGAUCAUCCCGCGUAUCCACAAAGUAACAGGAAGUUACGUCCACUCUUUAGGAGACUUUAUAUGGAACAUGUUACUAAGUGUAUAUUGUUUACAUGUCAUUUUUUUAUUGUUUGUGUUUGUGUGUUCGUCCCGCCAUCUUGACCCGUUGUUGUUGUUCUGUCUUUUUUUUUCUUUAGUUCUUUACAGGAAAGGAAGGUUCAGGUUUUUUGAUAUAUAAAAUGGAAUUGGCAAAAGUGUUUCUAUGUGAGGACAGUGACUAUGGAGAAUAUGUCACAGUUAUUAUCAGUUAUGGAAGUUUGAAAGUGGCGUUGAUGUGUUUGUGGAACGUGAUCUUCAAGUGACCUUCCUUCCUUGUGUGUCGUAAGACAAUUCCACUUUGAACAUUUUUUUUUUAUCCCGGACUCGUGUGGGAAUUUGGUAACAUCCAAACUAAGCUUUAUGUGUUCUGUCGUGGGGAGAAACACAAAGCUAUCCCGAGCUGAACAUUUCUGGAUAAUGAGUUUAUUUUCUAAUGUUGCUGUAAUAUAACACGUUAGCUAGAGUCCACUUUGGAUUAAAACCUGUGGAUAAA